AUGUCAUCCACACUCAAACCCGACGCCGCGCCUUUCAUCCCCAGCCAGUCUCUCCGUGGCGGAGCAUCGACCUUCCUGCCACCCACGCCAGGCUCCAUGCCCUCGCCACCCAUGUACUAUGCAGCCCCACUCUUCGAACCCGUGCCCUCCUGCCAUUACUGCGCCCGCGCGCCUCUCCAAGUCCCGCCCGAGCCCUACCGCUACGACCACGCCGCCCACGUGAACUACAUGAACCACGGCUCCAGCGUGUACCAAGGCCUGAUGGACCCGUUGCAAGACGCGUCGCGACACUAUCCUAGCACGUCGGAAGGCUACGAGUUCGGGGGCGGGUACUACAAGACGAAGCCGUGGAACCGCAGGAAGUAUAAUAAUCCUGCUGCGUAUGCGUCUUCGCCUACUGCGUACCCGUCGACCGCUGAUAGUGUCUGGUACGACAACCGCGAUGCGGGAUAUGUGGGGGGUGAGGGCGCGUAUGGCGAGCCGAAGCCCCGCAAGGCUAAGAAGGGCUGGAAUAAGAACUGGCACAGGAACCGUGGCGGGGUUGGGAAGUCGUCUGUGGAUGGGGCGUUUCUGAGUGAGUUUGUGGGUGGGGAGGUGGGCAAGGAGGAGCAGAGGAAUGAGAAGGAGAGUGACAAGAAGACGAUACACUCCAUCGAUACUCCCAUCACUGCUUCCGAUGAUAAGGAGAACACCAACGCCGCCCACCACAUUAACGUCAACACCAACACGAAGAAGCACAAGACCGCGCACUCCACUCGCAGCCACAACAUCCAGCCCGCCCACCAGCCCGCAGACGAAGACCGCCGCACACCCGCACAAUGCGAGCCCCGUCACGACCCGGUCAAAGCCCCAGCCCACGCUAAGAAGCGCUCGAAGACGGUGCAGAAGCAGAUCUCGGGCGGAGAGAAGGAGAACGCGGGCCACGAGGGUGUGGCGAGGGAGGACGAGUACUUUGAGAAGAAGGUGUGGGGCAGUCAGCGGGAGAUGAAGGCCAUGAAGGGGAAGAAGGAGGUAGAGAAGCGUGUUGAGGAGUGA